AUGUCCCUGAUUCCCCCAUACGUGUGCGAUACAAUUCCGCCUGCCAGACUUGCCACCUCUGCCCUGCUAUCAGACCCUGGACCUGCCUUGAUUUUCGACCAGCCCGCCAUGUUCACCGACAACGAGCAUCAGGAUAAUGGCUCACCACCGCCAUCCCAAGGCCCUCCACCUCGUAAACUUUGCGUUCGUCACCAGAGAAUGGCAGACGAAGGCACCAAUCUCAAGUUGCAACAGUCUCUAGACGCCUUGCCUGUUGAAGAACGGGAAGCCGUCAACGCAGUCUGGUCCAAAUUUUCCUCAUCGUCACACCCCCGACGCGCUCUCAUCCUCCAGGGUCUCCUCACAAUGUGUUGUUUCUCCCAAUUAUCUUUGCUCACCGACCAGUUGGCACACCUCAUUCGCAUCGAUCCAUUCGCCAUUCUCCCUCGUGAAGUUGGCAUAAAAAUCCUUGGUUAUCUUGACGCCACAUCCUUGUGUCGCGCUGCUCAAGUCGCACGUAGGUGGAAGUGUCUUGCCGAUGAUGAUAUCCUUUGGAGGGGCAUCUGCGAACAACACAUUGGUCAAACCUGUCGCAAGUGUGGUUGGGGCUUACCCAUCUUGGAGAAAAAACGGAAAACCUAUCGCUCCCCUUGUCCUCCUUCAUCAUCUUCCUCCUCAUCGACUUUGACUCUGAAACGCGGCCACGAAGAUUCUUCAGAUCUCCCUUCUCCGCCCAUGAAGCGCCAGUGCUCCGAAACAGACUUGUCAUCUCCGGGGCGUUCCGUAGCUUCCUCUUCUCUCAUGCAACUUGACGUCUCUUCAACUCUUCUUGCACCCAACCCAGCCGCACCCCAAAGUCUACCAGUCACACGACCCUGGAAAGACGUCUACAGCGAACGUAUGACCGUUGAGAGAAAUUGGAGGCGUGGCCGCUGUACAGUUCGUACCCUCAAGGGCCACACAGAUGGUGUCAUGUGUCUCCAGUUUAGCGAAACCCUAUCUCACCCAGCCUUUCCCGUGCUAAUCACCGGGUCCUACGACCGCACCGUCCGCGUCUGGAAUCUCGAGACAGGCGUCGAACUGCAUUGUCUAAAAGGCCACACGCGCGCCGUAAGAGCCUUGCAAUUUGACGAGGUCAAGCUCAUCACGGGCAGCAUGGAUAACACUAUCAAAGUUUGGGAUUGGCGUAGCGGGAAAUGCAUCCGGACGCUAACCGGGCACACCCAAGGUGUUGUAUGCCUCAACUUUGAUUCCAACGUGCUCGCCAGUGGUAGUGUCGAUUCUACCGUCAAGGUAUGGAACUUGCGGACGGGAGGUGCAUUCACGUUGGGAGGUCAUACGGAAUGGGUCAAUGCUGUUAAAUUAUGGGAUUCAAACCCCAGCAGCUUGCAAACUUCUUCGACGGACACAUCACUCUUUGAUGUUCAAGGAUCAUCUUCACCAUUGGGAGCUUCGCUCCAGAUCGAUCCCGGAAAAAUGCUAUUCUCCGCAUCCGAUGAUGGAACAAUCAGGCUCUGGGACCUGACUCAACGGUCGUGCAUCAAGGUAUUUACUGGUCAUGUGGGCCAGGUUCAAAGCAUGAAGUUGUUGUUGGCCGACGAAUGUGGGGGUGAUCCCAUAGAGUAUGCGAUACCCGGAAAUGUCGCGUCUCGUUCCGCAUCCGAGCAAGCGGUUGACCUUGCACUUUCCUCCCCCCAACCGAUGCGCAAGAAACCAAUCCUCAUCUCAGGUAGUUUGGACAACACGAUCAGACUCUGGGAUAUCGAAACGGGCCAGGUUAUCCGGACGUUCUUUGGCCACAUUGAGGGCGUCUGGGCUGUUGCGAGCGAUAAGCUCCGUUUGGUCAGCGGUAGUCAUGACCGAACUAUCAAGGUUUGGUCUCGAGAAGAAGGUCGUUGUAUGGCGACUCUUGUCGGUCACCAAGCUGCCGUUAGCUGCCUCGCUCUUGGAGAGGACAAGAUCGUUUCCGGGAGCGAUGACUGUGAUAUUAAAGUGUGGAGUUUCAGUUAAUGAUUUGUUUUGCUUCUUCGUCGCUUUCCUUGUAUCAUCCUCGUCGUAUGUUUUGUUAGUUGCUUUCUGUUUAUCUGCCAAUCAAUUUCACGAAUUU